GCCCUCAGCAGCCCGUGGCCUCGACGUGCCACCAUGGACGCGGCGCCUGUGUCCCCAGAGCCCUUGCUGGUUGUCCCGCAGCCUGAGGUGCUGGAGGAGCUGCAGCAGGCACAGCUGGGGCCCCUGCCCCGACUCGCCGCCAUUUGUAGGCUCAAGCGGCUGCCCUCGGGUGGCUACUCCACCACAGACGACCUGCAUCUGGUGCUGGAGCGCAGGCGCGUGGCCAACGCCAAAGAGCGCGAGCGGAUAAAAAAUCUCAACCGUGGCUUUGCCAAACUGAAGGCAAUGGUGCCGUUUCUGCCACAGAGCCGGAAGCCCAGCAAAGUUGACAUCCUGAAAGGUGCAACGGAAUACAUACGGGUGCUCGGCUGUGUUCUGGGAGAAGCAAAGGCCUCAGAG